AUGUCAACCACGACGAUUACUGAAGCCGCGAAGCAGACGCUCGUCGUCACCCCAGAAAAUAAGAUCACUCCUGCUGCAGCAGAUGAAAAGUUCCAGGCCAUCGCGCGCGGCAAUCGCGAAGGCACGCUGAAGCUCCAGGGCAUCCCAACCUUCUCCGACCCCUACGAGCAGCGCAAAUGGAUGAAAGAGCAUAUGGCGGCUGCGUUCCGCUUCUUCGGGAAGCAGGGCUACGGAGAGGGAGUGUCAGGUCAUAUCUCGAUGAGAGACCCCGUCCUCAAGGACCAUUUCUGGAUGAACCCGUUCGCGAAGCAUUUCUCGACCAUCAAGGCUUCUGACCUGGUUCUGGUCGAUAGCGAGGGCUACGUGACGGAGGGAGGGGCACAGCUUCCCAUCAACGAGGCGGGGUUCAUGAUUCAUUCUGAGAUUCACAAGGCCCGUCCAGAUGUGGUGGCUGCGGCGCAUACGCAUUCGAUUCAUGGAAAGACGUGGAGUGCGUUUGGGCGACCCGUUGAAAUGCUCACUCAGGACGCCUGUAACUUCUACGGAAAGCUGAGCGUGUAUGAUGAUCAUGGUGGGAUUGCACUAGCCCAGGAAGAGGGCGAGCAGAUUGCAAAGGCUCUAGGCGAGAAGAAUAUUGCCUGCAUUCUGCAGAACCAUGGUCUACUGACGGUUGGUCACACCGUUGAUGAAGCUGCGUUCCUGUUCUUCAGUUUGGAUAAUGCAUGUCGUUCGCAGUUGAUGGCUGAUGCCGCGGCUGCGAAUGGAGUCCCUAAGAAGAUUAUCAACCAUGAAGUGGCGCAGUAUACAGCCGACGCCGUUCAAAACCCUCAUAAUUUUUAUACCGAGUUUCAGCCUGAGUUUGAGUUGAUUGUGGAGGAGAGCAAUGGCCGCGUUCUUCAGUAA